AUGGAAAUCUACCUGGUGCUGGGCAUAGCUGUGUUGAUAUACACGCUGGUCACGUUGUUCAUCAACAGCAAGUGCUGGAACCCCGAGGACGAGAAAUGCCAGUGUGAGGAGUGCAAGAACCUCUGCCAAUACCCGUCGAGGAACAUCGCCCAGUCCGUGCUCUCCGUGUCCUCCCGCAUUGAUAUAAUUGAGCGACAG